CGUGUGGUUUCACUUCACUUUCACCUGCUCUAUUCUUCUAGUAUCUAGUAGUACUACUAGUAGUAGAAGUUAGCUAGCUCACCAAACUGCUAGCUAGAGCUUUUGCUUCAAAACUGAUCUCUCAAGGAGGAGAAGCUAGCUAGCGGCAUGGAGGUGGAGUUGCGGAUGGAGAGCGACGGCGCUUGGGGGACGACGGCGGCGGAGGAGGAGGCGGGGUGGAAGACGCCGAGGAGAGACGAGUGCCGCAUCCCGGCGGUGCCAGCGGCGUGCCCGCCGCCGCCGCCGAGGAAGAGGCCGGCGGAGCUCGGGAAGAAGAAGGCGGCGCCGCCCAAGGGGGGUUACUUCAACCCGCCGGACAUCGAGUCCCUCUUCCGGCUCGCGCCACCGCAGGCCGCCUAGCUAGCUCCACGUAGUGCCGUGCAGUAGUUCGUCCCAGUCAGUCUUAAGUGCAAAACCAGCAGCGCCAGUACGUAUAGCUCGUAGCUCGUAGCAAGCAUAGCUAGGGAUAUGCACGUCCGUCUUGUUUUGGUGAAGAAGAAGGAUGUGACGUGUGCGUUUCCUCUUUUGCUCCCUGUAGCAUCUUCUAGUGUUAGUUAACGAGAGAUUAGGAGUUUGGACAACGCACAAGUUCGAAGGAGUGUGUUUGAUGUUGGUGUGCAUGAAUGUACUGCUCUCCCUGUAUAAACGUAAAUGUUGCUCUGCGGCCGAGUCGGUCAUAAUGAAUGUCAUCUCGAUGGAAAGUUACUGCUCGUACUA